AUGGAUGAAGUGACAGGAGCUCAACUCAUUGCUGAGUCUCUUAUGAUUCAGAAAGUUGAAUACAUGUUUGGGAUUGUUGGUGUUCCUAUCAUUGAAGUAGCCAUGGCUGCUCAGGCUGCAGGGAUCAAAUACAUUGGGAUGCGUAAUGAACAAGCGGCAUGUUAUGCUGCAUCUGCUAUUGGAUACCUCACUGGAAGACCAGGUGCCUGCUUGGUGGUGUCUGGACCUGGACUCAUUCAUGCUUUGGGCGGAAUGGCCAACUCGAACAUGAAUUGCUGGCCAGUGGUUGUUAUUGGGGGAUCCUCAGAUAGAAGCCAAGAGACAACCGGAGCCUUUCAAGAGUUUCCUCAGGUGGAAGCAUGUCGUCUGUAUAGCAAAUUCUCCGCAAGGCCAAGCAAUCUGGACGCCAUCCCUGCAGUGAUUGAAAAGGCUGUUCGUACAAGCAUGUAUGGACGCCCAGGCGCUUGUUACGUGGACAUUGCAGGGGAUAUGGUGAAUGCUAAAGUGGACCGACGCAAAGUCAGAUUUGUCCACUGCUGUCCGCCUCUUCCCAUCUGUUUAGCUGAUCACAAUGCAGUGACAGAGGCAAUCACUGUCUUGAAAUCAGCUAAAAGACCUUUGGUCAUCAUUGGCAAAGGUGCAGCUUAUGGUCGAGCAGAAGCUGCCCUGAGGGACUUUGUGGAGUUGAGCCAUCUGCCGUUCCUUCCCACGCCCAUGGGGAAGGGGGUGCUUCCUGAUGAUCACUCCAAUUGUGUGGCGGCUGCACGCUCCAGAGCUCUUCUCAAGACAGAUGUUGUGCUUCUUCUUGGAGCCCGACUUAACUGGAUCCUUCAUUUCGGUCUGCCACCUAGAUUUGACCCCGAAGUGAAGAUCAUCCAGGUUGAUAUUUGUCCUGAGGAGAUGGGAAACAAUGUGAAGCCUGCCGUUGCUCUCCUGGGGGAUAUCAAUGCUGUUGUCUGUCAGUUGCGGGACUUUCUUUUGAAAGAUGGCUGGAGGUAUCCUUCUGAUACAGAAUGGUGGAGCACACUAAAGGAGAAAAUGGACAGCAAUGCAAAAAUAUCGAAUGCGCUCGCUCUACAGUCAGUGUUACCUAUGAACUAUUACACGGUCUUUCACCACAUUUCUCGGCUGCUGCCACACGACUGCAUUAUUGUCAGUGAAGGUGCAAACACCAUGGACAUUGGACGCACUAUGUUGAAUAACUAUUUACCUCGACACAGGUUGGAUGCCGGAACAUUCGGAACAAUGGGAGUGGGCCCUGGUUUUGCUAUAGCUGCAGCUGUUGUGGAAAGGAACAAGAAUAAAGGCCAACGGGUCGUCUGUGUGGAAGGUGACAGUGCCUUUGGCUUUUCCGGCAUGGAGGUUGAAACCAUGUGCAGGUAUAGCCUUCCUAUUAUCGUGAUUGUAGUGAAUAACAAUGGUAUAUACAGCGGAGUGGACCCUGAGACAUGGAAAGAAAUGGCAAAAAUGGGAGACCUAACCAGCAUUGCACCCCCUGUGACCCUGCUCCCUGAGGCGCGCUAUGACCAAGUGAUGGCAGCAUUUGGCGGGCAUGGUUUCUUAGUGAGGACUGUGGAGGAGCUGUGUAAUGCUUUGCAGCUCAGCUUGAAUGACUGGGAGAGGCCAAGUCUUCUCAACGUGCUAAUAGACCCUUCCUCUGACAGAAAGCAACAGGAAUUCCCUUGGCUGACCCGUUCCAACUUGUAA